AUGGCCAUGGCCGGCGAAGGCACCGGCGACGUGGUGAUGGUUCUUGACUUGUCGCGCGCCGGCAGGGAACUCUACAUCCCGCUCCGCGUCGACGGUCGUGUGCGCAACCUUCAAGUGAUCCGCCAGAUCAUCGGCGCCGGCGCUGCUGCUUACCGGCGUCCGGAAGCGAUAAUGAAUUCCUCCGUCGUCCAAGACGCAGAGGAAGAAGAAGAACGAGAGGAAGAAGAAGACCAGGCCCGCGACGGCGAUGAAGAGGAGGAGGAGGAGCAAUCCGCGGACCAGCUGCUGCCGGUGCCGCGCCUUCCUGGCCGCGUGGGGCCCAGCCCAUUCCGUUCUUCCGGCUCCGGCGCCGCCGGCCUGAUUCCCCGGCCCAUGAAGCUCGAGACGACGAGGUACGACGGCGGCGAAGCAGGAGAGGGCGGCGUGAGCACGAGAACGGGCUGCGCCAUCUGCAUGGAGGAGUACGAGGCCAGGGAUGAGCUGAGCGUGGUGCCGUGCGCCGGGAAGCACAGGUUCCACCGGAGCUGCCUCGCGCCCUGGCUCGCCCGGAAGCGCCUCUGCCCGCUCUGCCGUCAGGCGCUGCCCGCCGCCGACGACGAGCCGCAUUAA